AUGACACGUAAAAUCAAUGACAAAGGUUUCGAUCUCAUCAAGAAAUUUGAAGGAUUUCGGGGCGAUUAUUAUACUGAUCCAGUGGGUUACAAAACUAUUGGUUAUGGCCAUGCCUGCCACGCUAAUGAUUGCAGUAAUAUCACACCACCUCUUACUGAAGCUCAAGGUGAAGAAUUACUCAGAGAAGAUUUAGUCAAGUUUGAAGAAAGUGUUGAAUCACUAUCUCCAGGACUUAAUUCCAACCAAUUCUCAGCUUUGGUUUCAUUUACUUUUAACCUUGGUAGUAAUGCUUAUAAAAAUUCUACUUUACUUACAAAAAUUAAAAGUGGUGAUUUAGAAGGUGCUUCAGAAGAAUUUGGUAAGUGGGUGUAUGCCGGUGGAAAAAAAUCAAAUGGCUUGGUGAAACGUCGUGAAGCUGAAAGAGAAUUAUUUUUGCAAGAUGUAUAA